AUAUAUUAACAAUAGUAACAAACACAUCCACACAAUCCCUCCAUUGACAAAUCAACAAUCAUACACAUCUACACAAACUAUUUCUCUAGGUUUCAUUAUAAUUCUACACCAAUAGUUUUUGCCCGCUUCUCUCUGCCAGAUUAAUUCCCUGUUUAUACACUUCACGGACAUGGGUAUCCCACAUUUUCUUGCAAUACCUUAUCCAAUUCUAGGACAUAUGAAUCCCCUUCUGCAGUUCUCUCAGGUUUUGGCCAAAUAUGGCUGCAAAAUCACUUUCUUGAGCUCAGAUGAGAACUACAAUAGAUUGAAGGCUGCAAGUGCUGGACAGGGCAAACUCAUGGAAUCACAGAUAAAGUUAGUGUCUCUCCCAGAUGGUGUGGAUCCUCAAGAUGACAGAAGUGACCAAACCAAAGUUAUUUUAUCCACCAUAACCACCAUGCGUGCUAAGCUUCCCAAGCUUAUACAAGAUAUAAAUGCUGUGGAUAGUGACAACAAGGUUACUUGUAUAAUUGUUACUAAAAAUAUGGGAUGGGCCUUGGAAGUUGGCCACGAAUUGGGAAUUAAAGGGGCUCUAUUCUGGCCAGCAUCGGCAACUUCAUUGGCCUCCUUUAACUCCAUGCAAAGGCUCAUCGAUGAAGGAAUCAUAGAUUCUGAAAAUGGACUCCCAAGAAAACAGGAAAUUCAGCUUUCUUCAAAUUUACCUAUGAUGGAGGCAGCUGCCAUGCCAUGGUACUGCUUGGAUAAUUCCUUCUUCUUCCAACAUAUGAUGCAAGAGAUGCAAAAUUUGAAUUUAGGAGAAUGGUGGCUUUGUAACACCACUUUUGAUCUUGAGGCUGGAGCAUUUUCUACAUCACCAAAGCUCUUACCAAUUGGCCCAUUAAUGAUGGCAUGUGACCACAACAUAAGUUCAUUCUUGCAAGAAGACAGAACCUGCCUUGAAUGGCUAGAUCUGCAGCCACCUCAAUCUGUCAUAUAUGUUUCAUUUGGCAGUAUGGUAUCAAUGAAACCAAACCAAUUCAAAGAAUUAGCUCUUGGACUUGAUCUCCUUGGCAAGCCUUUUCUUUGGGUUGUGCGUACUGAUAAUGGUAAAGAGGUAAACAAUGCAUACCCAGAUGAAUUCAAGGGAAGUCAAGGUAAAGUUGUUAGUUGGGCACCACAAAAGAAGAUUUUGAGUCACCCUGCAUUAGCAUGUUUCAUUAGCCACUGUGGUUGGAACUCUACCAUAGAAGGUGUAUAUAAUGGGGUGCCUUUCUUGUGUUGGCCAUUCUGCAGUGACCAACUUAUGAACAAGGCAUAUAUUUGUGAUGUGUGGAAGGUUGGACUUGGAUUUGACAAGGCUGAAAAUGGAUUAAUAUCAAGGGGAGAGAUAAAGAAGAAGGUGGAGCAACUACUAGAAGAUGAAGAAAUAAAAGGAAGAUCUUUGAAACUAAUGGAAAUGGUAAUCAAGAAUAAAGCAGAAGGUGAUGCGAAUCUCAACAAGUUUAUCAAUUGGGCCAAGGAAUAAUAUAAGAAUAUGCUCUUGUUGUCUGUCCAUGCUUCAAUAGAAUUCUGAAAUUGAGCAUGCGCUAGCUUAAUAAUUUAACAAAUAGUUUGAAUAAAUGAAAAUGGACAAGAGAGACAAUGAGAGAGACAAUGAGAGAAAGAAUAAAUGUAAAAUAAAACAAGAGUGGAUAGCAAAAGUGUGCGGUAUUAACUAAGUUAUUCAUUCUAAAACAAAAUUUGCCUUGUGUUCUUACUUCUCUGUUUC